GCAAAUUUCAAGGCCGUUUGGUCUUUGCAUCAGCUGUCUGUCGUCAAGACAGCUGAUUUGGCUCUUCCCUCAGUCCGCCUUCCUUGGUUUCGGUCUACGCGACUUCCACUAAUAUCUAUCCGCCUGAUAUAUGUACUGUCUCACUGCAUUCAUGUGAAUUAUCAAUCAUCUUUAUCGGGUACCAUAUAAAACACACAGCCCCGCUUUUCCUACGUACUCGUCCCAAAAAUAUGCUGCUCUACUAACACUCAUCUAAAUCUUUGUUUUCGUUUUGAAACUCAACCAAUUACUGUGCUUCACGGAAUGUUGAAGCAUAGAGCCUCCGCGAUGUCCUCAGUUUGUCCCAUCGGUUUAGGACCUAUGACCCUUAAGAACUCUAUAUGUUCGGUGGGUCAGCUUAUCCUUGAGCAACAUUCAAAAUGCUUUGGUAAAUUUAUCUAUCAUUCGGAAACCGACAAUGAAUCGUCGAAAGUGGAGACUACCGCGGAUGUUCCCUACAUUCCCGAAAUCACGAAUUCCCUGCUCCUCGAUUGGGUCGCUGGGCAACAUGAGAUGCACUUGGCACAUCCCGCUCGCAUUUCCGUGGUAAUCGAAAUGCUUAUCCUAAGUGAUGUUUGUCGUAAACACCUGGAAGCUGAUAAACUGUCUGCCUUUGUUGUCGAGCAGUGGACAAUCACAUAUUCUACCAAUAGUUUGAUGGAAACUCAAGGUGACGACAUGAUCUCCCUCCAAAAAGAAAUCGAAGGUUACUUCGUUUCCUCUCCCUUCUCAUUUUGGCUGAGAGAACACUUUCAAUCAAAACGGCUGAGACUUUUUCAUCGCAUAUGCUCUGCAGAGACCGUCAGCCCUCAACUCGGUGUCCCUUUUUUCACGACAUUUGAUCAGCUUUGUUCACCAACCCCUUGCGUGUACUCGGAAGCGCGUCCCGUCAACGUCGAUGUCGGCCGUUGCUCUUACGACCUAUCGACGACAACAGGAGUUGACAAGCGCUGUUGCUCUUCCGACUCAAAGCUGACCAGAUCUUUCACCCCACUUCCAGUCAAUCCCUCUGGUCUUUUGCACUUGACGGUUGUGACACCAGAACGAAUGCCCACCAGCCGCCCUGGAUGCCCCUUGUGUAUGAUCCCUUCACUUGACCGGACGGAAGGGAAUCACUUGGAAGCAUUUUGGCCCCGAGCCUACUACGAUUCUUCCGACAAAUCAUCUAGCCUUUCCAACCCUCCAACGGCUCCUGCGCCACAUAUAUCAAUGAAAAGUUUUCAUCUUAUUGACUCACCGUCUUUCUUGGAUCUGUCCUCCGAUAUUGUUUACACCGAGACUGUCAGAAGUCCUGUGGUCCUUAUGACCAAUGUACAACAAAGCCACUUCUCUGAUUAUUCCAUUUCCUCCCAGUACGACAACGGUUUCCCCUCUGUCGGAUGUUUCGAACACUCCAACGACUCGGACACUUCUACUCUGACCAAAAAAUCCCGAUCAGUGCACCCCAAUGAGACUCCCCCAAUUUCAUUGGGAUCGCCGCCUCGAAAACAGCAGCGUCGUACUAGCAAAGACAAAGGUUCCAGUAGUCACAUGCCAGAACACAGAAACGCCAAUGAACUGCACGGAGUUGAGCAUUCCCAGGCAGGUUCAAUUGAUAGAGUAAUAUCCGAAUUUACGCAGCUGAAUAUGGAGCGAGAGAUUUUGCAGUCAUGUGAUCCACACCUUCAGGCCUCCUUUUUUAUCCAGCCUGAUGACCCACGUCUCUCCUCGAUAGACAGUUUGAGUGACGCUCGUUUGACUCGAAGCUCUACCAAAAAACGAGAACAUACCUCCAAUGUGAAUCUUUCUGUUGUUCAGAUCCCUUCUUCGUCCAAUCCACUGAUUCACGGCCACCUGCCGAGGGAGCGAAGACGGAACGCCACUUCCACGUGUAUCCCGUCCUGGCGUCAUGGUAUGCCAUUCUUCAACCGUCGCACGGGUCUUCCGUUACAGUCCUCUCCCGUCCCUCUGAAGCGGAGCACGAGCGGCCGGUUUGAUUUCGAUUCCUCUCUCUGUCCCCUCAAAUCAUCGAAGAGCUCAGCUUGCAUGGUCCACAACUGUGGUCCUUCCUAUGCCUUGGAGCCUAGUCUUCGCCACUCCGACCUCCCUCUACGAUGUUCACACCAGCAGUGCUCAACUACCUCUACAUCCCUCUCAUCCCAACCGACAACUCCAUGCGUGCAACUAAGGAGGCGUCCGGCUAGUCUACGUUUGAAUCUUUCCAGCACAGAGGGCGCCGGUGAUCGUUCGUUGAGACGCCGUAACUGUGCUCCCGAGGUAGAUCAGGCGGAGAUAAGCUGCAGCGCACCUCCUUCGGGCAACAGGAAAAGCGCCUACUCUGUGAGCCAUCGCACCCGAUUGGCCAACACCCUGGCUUGCACUCCAGCUUCGCAUUGCAGUUCGCAGCAUUUACUAGUCAAUUUCGAAGAGAGUAUGUUAAACGGCCGUAUACAUCCAUCGGGGCAAGUGGAAGGCUUCACUUUGGAGUUGGGGGCCAGCGGAUCAUUUUUCCCCACACAUGAGCGAAUUCCGUUGAAGACGUAUUUCUUCGAUUUGUCCGACGACAAUAAGCCCUCGCCAUACCUUGCUUACGCUGAUUUGUGCCAUUUACGCAGUGGCAAAGGGUACCAUCUUCCGUCAAAGGGUUCGGUGCAAAUUUCAUACCACUCGAUCCGGCAGAUUGUACCUUCACACCGACUUACGAUUGAUAUUCGCACGCGAGAGGUUCGAGUUUGAUCCUCGGGUGGCGACCUACGAACUAAGAUCGUUUGUCGAUGCACCCACCGACCCUCGGUAUUCGCCAAAAAAGUGGGCAAAAAAACCACGGCGCAGCGCGGCUCCGCUUGUUGCACCGAGUACGACAUCGUGACUCAGUUGAUGCCCUUGCUGAUCAAUUGAUGAACGCCGUGGAGGAACCAACUGGUUUGCACACAUACAACGCAAUGCAACCCCACUAAACUCAUCUGCAUCAUACACUGCACUGUGUACGCGCCUGCACUUCCGGUCGGUCGCUUCCGUCUGCAUGUUCGAAGUCAUCGCAUCCCGUUGUCGUGUACGCCAUUCUGUCCAUCAGUCCCCCACUUCUCUCUGGGUGUGUGUGUGUUUGUGGAUUAGCCCGGCAUCACCAUCAUCACAGCAUCUCACUAUUUUCUUAUUGCUUGUUUUUGUUUUGUUUUACCUUUCUUUGUUUUGGAAACUCAGUUGUUUAUGCGCCCAUUAUUAUUUUCAUGUUCACCUGUGAUACCACAAACAGCCACAAAUAUCUGUGCGCAGUUAUCUGCUGCUCCGAUGAGCCGACCGGUGGCUGCCAACACCUCGUGCAAGCUGGGCACUACGCCCGUUGACAAUUUGACUUGUUUGGGCUUUGUCGCCCAGUUUAAUCAGUACACUGAUCCCCAUCGGGGAAUCAGUUUGUUGUGUGGCUUUUUCUGAGUCCGUUAACCGAUGUCAUGGCGGUUCUGUCUUUCGCUCAUUGCCCAACGACCUAAGGUAUUCCUGGCACACGUUGGUGGCUCGGUGAUCCAAUCCUGACCGAUCUAUCUCUGGUAUCAAAUUAACUCAUCUUGCUCGCUUAAGACUGUGACCACCUUCAACACAGAUCUUCCUUGUCCGUAGUGAAUCUACGCUUUUGCUCACUUUCGGAUUCGUAAGACUGCCCGUGAUUCUUCUUCACAUGUUCUCCCGCCGCCAGCCGAUGUAUCGGUCACUUGUCAUUGUCGUUCAUCCUUUUUCUCAGUAGCAUAUAUCUGCUCCACGUUAUCGUCCACUUUUUAUUAUCAACACCUAACGAUUCAUGUUC